CCAGGGUCGCCAUGAAGCUUCGCAUUCCCCAAUUCGCUCGACUGCCAUGAUCGACCGUGCCCUGAACGCGCUUCCGAUCCGCGAAGGCGGCAAGGUCUUCGUCGGCGUCGUCCUCGGCCUCGGCAUCUGCGCCGCGCCCAUGGUCUACAAGACGCGCCGGGGCCACGACCUCUUCUCGCAGGAGAAGCCCCAAGCCAUUUACGACGCCGAGAUCCAGCAGCAGUUUGGCGACAUCAAGAAGGAAGAGUAAACGCCAAUUGCAUAGAAACUAAC